CUAUCAAGCGUCAUCGGCCCAGGAGUGUCCUGGAGUAACUUGCCGUGCCCAGAGUGUAGAAUCUCAGCAGAAGUACCAGGGAACACCACAACGAACUGGAACCAUCUUCGCUUGCUCGAGAGUGUAGGCGUUCCCCUUUUGUUGGCGCGUUUUCUUAGGUCAACACGUCUGGAUCCAUUUUUUCACAUAGCGUGCUAUGCCACUCUUGCAUCAUGCUUCUGACUCACAAGAACAGGCUUUGCCCGUAUGGCCGGUCUCCUACCCUCAUAUUAUUCGAUCGCAUCAUUUUUAGGCUCGUAUCAAAUCACUGUGUUCAUCAUGGACGCUGGGGUCACCCCCGAGUAUUUGCAUGAUCCUACGCCUCCGGAAACGUCUCAGCCUGCCACCGAACAUUGUCCACCAACAUUUCAAUCGCUUUCGCUGCCACUACUGCUGGAAGGGUCCAUCAAGCGACCGGCAAUGUGCAGAACAGCAGAGGACCUGGCGCCUUUGUCAUCGCUUGCUUCACCUCAACGUCGCACCCUUUCACGAAAACGACGGCGUCCAGCCGACUCUUUUCACGCACAGUGCGAAAGUUUCGCUACCUUGUCAGAACCCAGCACGUGUCCUUCAGCAAUGGUUUCAACGCAGGCGCAAGGUGAACCGCGUUCAGAAACCGACGAGCGCGCUACCGUCUGGUUUAACUCAGAAACCAACGAGGUAGAUUCGCGACAGGUCUCCGGCCACAGGACGACAUGCUUCACUUCUGCUAACGUCGUUGCCAGGCUAGGAUGCCCCAGCAUGUUGACUGCGGAGUCCUCCGAGGGGCCUGUAUCUAACGACAAUCAACAGCAAUUAACGCGGUUCUUCCCUCAGUUUGUAGAUACCCUAGCGACAAGCGCCCUGACAACAGAGUCGCAGCGAAUCCUCACUGAGGCCUGUCCAGACUUAGUGUUCGGAGAAGGCAGCUCUCCCGCCGUUGCGGCGUUGCCCUCUGAUAACACCCGCUCUGAAGCCACAGCAACAUGGGAAGAGAACGGAGAGGCGGCUGCAUGGGGAUGCGGCUACUGCACUGAAUCUGAGACUGCACCGACUGCUCCGUGGGCAUUACGGCCUCGUGAUGUGGAGGGGAGCGAUGGGGAUACUUCUCAUCAGGCUGUGCAAAGCCUUCUUGUUCCGCUAGAAUUCUUGCCACCCUGGCCUCUUGAUUCAGAGCUGCCAGAAACGUCUGCAGACCAUACUCUGGCUACCGAGGCAGUCUCGUACGACGAAGACACCCGCUCGACGGGAGGCAGAAAUGGAGACGCCUCAGCUCUGGUUGAGCACCAAAUAGAUCUUUUUGAUCAGGAAAAAACAGCCGCUGUUGGGUCGUCCCUUCCACAGACGCCAUCCGCCUCUGCGGCACUGGGUUCAGAGUUACACCUGAGAAAUCUUUUGGCGUUUAUCACUCCAGUAUUGUCAGCUCUCGCUGCAGCUCUGGCGGCGCCCUGCGUUUCCGCGACAGGACUGGAGGCAGCGCCGUUCCCGGGGCUUCCCGGCCCAUCGGUCUCUUCGUGUGACAUAGAACUUUCUCAGAAAGCGAUUCGCUUGAUAUUCCGUGAUCUACAACAUGUCUGCCUGCCAUUGCUUACCAACACUCUUUCCAUGUCACCUGCUGAAGCAGAGUAUGUGUCAACUGCUCUGAAGCGCCACGCGGAUAUGAUCGAAAGUGUGACUUCCGCGCCACUUCCACAGAUAAACUGCAUCAGCCCCUAUGGCUUCAGCCUUCUCUUCUGGCCGUAUCUCUCCAUCUUCAAAAAGUGCCUCAUUGACUGUGUCAUGCCGUCCUCCCUCUCGAAAUUCGAGCAAAUUCGCUUGCUUCUUCUUGUAUGCAAUACCCCCGAGCCUCCCGGUGCCCCGGGCGCAACUGCAUAUCUCUAA